AUGGUGCUGCUGGAGAGGGAGCAGUUUCUGAUGGAGCUGACCAUAUUCUUCGAGAAGUGCUAUUUGUUGGGCAGCAUGUACAUUACCCUGAAGAAGUAUGAUGGUUGGACUAAACCCAUUCCAAUGAAUGGUUCUUCAGAGGGCCUUGCUAUAGAAAACAAAUGUCUUUUGAGAGCUACUGAUGGGAAAAAGAAGGGCAGCACUGUGGUGUGCUCCAAAGAAGUGAAUAAGUUUCAGAUGGCUUAUUCAAACCUACUGAGAGCUAAUGUGGAUGGGCUGAAGAAUAGGGACAAAAAGAACAAGAAUAAGAAGAUCAAGACAGCACAGUGA